UCUGGGAACGCAGGGCAUGGUGGAGAUGCUUCUUCCGGGAACGCCUAUGGCGGCUACGUUUCAAACACAAGACGAGACGGAGGGGCCAAUGCGUAUACAGGUGUAGGUGGACAAGCGAACGGUGGUAACUUAUACAAAUCUGGAUCUUCUACGAAUCAUGACCUCCCUCUGGACAUGCUCAACACUCUUUCUGGCAACGCAGGAAAUGGUGGUGACGCUUCUUCUGGGAACGCUUACGGCGGGUAUGUCUCGACUACAAAACGAGAUGGAGGAGCGAAUGCCUAUACUGGAGUAGGUGGUCAAGCCAAUGGCGGUAAUUUAUACGAUUCUUCCACAGGAAACCACAACAGUCCCUUGGACAUUCUCGACACUCUAUCUGGAAAUGCGGGACACGGUGGUGAUGCUUCCUCCGGUAAAGCCUUCGGAGGCUAUGUUCUUCGACGCGACGGGGGAGGUAAUGCUUACACCGGAGUAGGAGGACAAGCCAACGGAGGUAAUUUAUACGAAUCUACCACAGGAAACCAUAACACUCCCUUGGACAUUCUCAAUACUCUAUCUGGAAAUGCGGGACAUGGUGGUGAUGCCUCGUCCGGUAACGCCUUCGGAGGUUAUGUUCUUCCACGUGAUGGGGGAGCUAACGCCUACACUGGAGUAGGAGGUCAAGCCAAUGGAGGU